UGACGCCGCUCUCGCGCGAUGAGACUUGCCGUGUCCGGAUUUUCUGUAGGAUAGGAGGCUAAGAACCUUCAGUUUACAGUUUUGUGAGAGCAAGUUUAAAGACAAUGGCGGCUCCAGUGAGUGCACAGUGUUCUAGUAAGACCUGGGAGUUGAGUCUGUAUGAGCUGCAUCGCACCCCACAGGAGGCUAUUAUGGAUGGAACUGAGAUUGCAGUGUCUCCACGCAGUCUUCACAGUGAGCUCAUGUGUCCUAUUUGCCUGGAUAUGUUGAAGAACACAAUGACCACCAAGGAAUGUCUCCACAGAUUUUGCUCAGACUGCAUUGUUACAGCUCUACGAAGUGGGAACAAAGAAUGUCCUACAUGCCGGAAGAAGCUGGUCUCGAAACGUUCUCUUCGCCCUGACCCAAAUUUUGAUGCACUGAUUUCCAAGAUUUACCCAAGUAGGGAUGAGUAUGAGGCACAUCAAGAUCGUGUCCUGGCAAAGUUAAGCCGUCUACAUAACCAGCAAGCACUAAGCAGCAGCAUUGAAGAAGGGCUUAAAAUGCAAGCUAUGCACAGAGCACAGCGAGUUCGCAAACACCAGCAUGAAUCCGACAACACUACUUUUAGUGGUGGGGAAGACAACUGCGACAGCCGCUCACAUGUCAGCAACCCGUCAGUGCACAGCAAUCAGGAAGCAGGGCCUAGUCGUAAACGAUCUCGAGCCUCUGAAGAUUCCGGAGCAGAACCCGAUCUUUCACAUGAAGGUGGAGUAAGGAGCCCUGAUCCUCCAGGUGGAGGAGAGACUGGUAGUGAGAUUGAACUGGUUUUCAGGGCACACCCCCUACUAGUGGAAAAAGAUGGUUAUAGUCAGACUAGGUAUGUAAAGACCACUGCAAAUGCUACAGUUGAUCACCUAUCAAAAUAUUUAGCUUUGCGCAUUGCUCUGGAGGAGGAGGCUCUUCGUGGGGGAGCAGAAGGUGUAACACUGGGAGAGGUUAGCGAGAAGCAAUACACCAUCUACAUCUCUACAGGGGCUGCAGGUGGACAGUAUACUACCCUGAAUGGCUCCUUAACACUUGAGCUGGUAAAUGAAAAGUAUUGGAAGGUAAGCAAACCGCUGGAGCUUUAUUAUGCUCCAACCAAAGAGCAGAAAUAGUCUCAUGGAUGAAAUGACUCACAUUAAAGAUGCUGCCGCCUGUAUAAUGACUUCUGCAUUAUAUGCUUGUGCCAAGCAUUCCACAGGGAAUCCACCUGUUAUGGAGGCGCGUGAGGCUGCUUUAUUUUCCUCUAAUCCUAAUAGAGCGUUUAGCAGCUGUGGCUUCCGUUUCAACUAAAGGUAUACCAGAGUACCCUAAAAGAUGGAAAGUUGUAUUUAACUUGUAUCCCUAAGCCAACACCUUAUUAUUCAAUGGAUUAUAAGCCCUGUCUGAUAUCUUGAGAACCAAACUGGUGGAUUAAGCAGGUACUAAUGACCAAAACACUGACGAGCACCAGGCAGCAGUGCCCUUUCAUUGCAUAGCCCCACAUCUGAAUGGUACUCAUAAACAAAACUGGAGAGGGGCCGAAAUAUACUGACAUUCUCUAAGCACACUGAAAGGAACUGCAUGUAUGGUUCAUCCUAAAGAAACAAAAGAACCCGUCAGAAUGCCUAUAAAAGGAUACCACCCGGAUGUCUGCAAAAGCAGCAAGGAGCACAGAUCCAAGAAAGAAUUAAGGCUGGAGCUGCCACUCUUAAUCCUCUUAACUGCCAGCUUUGCAGUGAUAAGUCUAAUAUACCAAGCUCUUCAUGCAACUCUACCCAGAUUUCACCAAAUUUUAUUUGUACCCUGUCAUUUAUAAUAUAUGUUUUCAUUGGUUUUCCCACAUGGCACCCCACAAUAUAAAUAUAGACACCGUAUAUUUAAACAUUCUGCCAAAAAAUUUUUUUUUUUUUUUUGUCAAUGUAAUUAUACUGUCUGGGAGUACUGUAAUAUUCCUCUGUGAAGUAGCAAUAUCACUUUCAUAUUUGCAAAUGAAAGAUGGGUAUAGGCCAUGAUCCUUGCUGGGUGUUUAUUAAAUGUUACUCAAACCUUUUCCUUCCCCACUCAGUUAAACGGCCAAUAUCCCCUUGUUUGAUAUGAUUUCAAAGAUCAGCACUGUUUGCCUAUUGUUUUAUUCACAAAAAUAAAUGUAUGGUUUCUGUUAUUAUUCUUCAUCUAAUCAGGACAAACAGAAAAACUGAAGCUGCUCCAUGGUUGGUUCUUCUAGGGAUUUAAUUAAAUUACUAGCACACAAACAAUCCUCUGUAUAAUGGACUCCUGCUGGCAAAACAGUCAAAAGGGGCAAGGAAGGUACUGUUACACUGGUAAUCUGCUACCUUACAAGGACCAAACAAGUAGUUUCAGUUAUCCUGUAUAGAACAGGGGGCAAAAACCAUAUUAAAAACAAUAGAGAAAAAGUAUGUUAAACUUAAGCCCUAUUCAUUGCAUCCAUGUUUAACAAGGGGUAUUCCUACUAAAAAAAUAAUUUUUUUGCCUAAUAAAAGAAAACAUAAUUCCAAGCAACUUUUUAAUAUCAACUUAUUAAAAGUUAUUAGUAAAUGUAAUUUCUAUAGAAAGCAGCAUUUGCUGAACUCCUGGUUGUUACUUUUUAAACAAUGUUGCAAGUGCCGGGCUCCUCCAGCAAGUCAGGUCUGUAAAAUCUGCUGGUGUUUUGUUACAUUGUUUCAAAUGCCAGAGCGACCAGAGCAGAUAAUAGAAAGGACAGGCAGACAGUUCUUUUAAUAGCAAAUAUAUAUAUACAUACAAAUAACUAGAAACCCAUUGCAAAUAUGUAAUGCGUGUAUAUUGCAAAGUUGCUAAGAAUUAAGUUUUCUUUAAUUAAGCAAAAAAUUAUUUUUGGGGUUGACAUGUCCUUUAAUCUCUUUUAAAAGAAUGACAUUCAGUAUGGACAUCCAUACAGGUAGCUGUUGGAGGGCUAGUACUUUAGAUCUCUUCCUUACUCUUUUAAAAGAUAUAUUAUUAGAGUGGGGAUUGGAUAACAUGCAUGUAACAUUCCAGUGUAGUAAAACAGCCUUCGUUUAGAUACUGUGUUUAAAGAGCCUGCAAGACUUUCUUGUGACAUACAUAUUGACUGGCAGAGAGAGUGCUCUGGUGUCUUUAUAGGCUUAUUGGAACUAUCUCAAACAUAAGCUACAUAAUUGGGUCUCAGAUGUUUCUCUUAAGCCUUACUUGCACUUAAAUGUUAAUAGAAAGCGAUGGAGGGAACUCUAAAUCUUUGUAUUGUAUGUUAAUUGCUCUUGACACAGAGCAACGUUUUCUUUUGUAACAUUUUAGUAAAUGUGGCUUUUAAUACUGGUUUGUAUCUAUUUUUGCUUAAACUGUGUGGAUAAUUUAAAACAAAGAUGUGUGUAGAUAUAUAUAUACAGGUAUAAAAAUGUAGCCAUAG